AUGGCAGAUAGUGCUAGCCAAUCGGAAAAAACUACUGAUGAGGCUUCAGCUGAAAAUAGAGUUGUUGAAACCAAUGGGUCAUCUCAAGAAGCUGUUGAUAUCAAUGAACAAAUUGAGGAACAGAGGCGCAGAAUGCAGCCUUCGAAAAUGGAGUCUUUUUUUGCUGUCACCAAGUCAUUGAUAAUAAGAGCAUUAGUUGUUUAUUUCAUUACGUCUAUGUUUCGCCAACCAUCAGCACCAAAGACAGAUUUAAGCAGUCCUACUGGAGGAUCACCCCAAAUACCUGCUGUAAAUAUGUUUUCAAAUGGAACAGUAUUAGAUUUGUAUUGCUAUAUUUCUGAAAAGGAAUUCUAUGGGAAUAUUGAUGAGAAUGAUUUAGUUUGGAAACAUACUGGAAUUGUCUAUGGUGAUUGGUUCAGUGGACCCAAUAAUGAUGGGACAUUUCAUCACUCUACUUCUAUAAUUCCUUCAGAAGUUCUUAAAAACAAUGGAUCAAUAUACAUUCAUAUUUAUGUAGUUCAGACAGGGAAAUCACCAAACCCAAAGGACAAAGAAAGUUAUGGGGGACCAUAUAUCACUUAUGGCAAAAAAAUGUUGAACAAAUACAAAAAAUUACGCUAUCUCAAAACUCAUAACCUAUUAACUGGUCAAACUGAAAAGUCUGCAGAAGAAAUUAUUAAAGCUGAAACCUUGAAAGAAGAAAUAGUUUCACAUUGGCAUCCUAAUUUAACUGUUAAUUUGGUGACAGAUCAGACUAAUUGGAUGCAAGGCAGUGUCCCACCUCCAUUAGAUGAAUUCAUUUUCUUUUUACCUGACGGUAAACAAUAUAAGCCAGCAGUAUUUUUGAAUGACUACUGGAACAUGAUGCGUGAUUAUGUGCCCAUAAAUAAGACAACUGAAGUACUUGAACUAGAGCUAACAUUCCAACCAUUAAGUCUUUUUAAAUGGCAGUUGUAUACAGCACAAGCUAUGAGAGAUAAAUUAAGCAUGUUCUCCGCUUUAGGUGCUGAAGAACAAGAUGAAGAGCAGGAUACAGUAAAGGAGCUACUUCUGGAUACUUCACCAUAUUUGCUAGGCCUCACAAUAUCUAUUUCUAUUCUACAUUCAAUAUUUGAGCUGCUAGCUUUCAAAAAUGACAUUCAGUUUUGGAAUAACAGACAGUCACUUGAAGGUCUUUCUGUAAGAUCUGUAUUUUUCAAUGUCUUUCAGUCCACUGUUGUGUUGUUGUAUGUUUUAGAUAAUGAAACCAAUGUCAUGGUAAGAAUAUCAUGCUUCAUAGGUUUGAUGAUUGAGAUAUGGAAGAUAAAUAAGGUUAUGGAUGUCAAAAUAAAUAGAGAAGAUCGUAUAUUUGGUAUACCAAAGCUUACAUUGACUGAUAAAGGAUCUUAUGUAGAAUCAAGCACAAAGCAGUAUGAUAUGCUGGCUUUUCGCUAUCUGAGCUGGGCAUGCUUUCCUCUUCUCCUAGGGUAUGGGGUCUAUUCAUUAUUGUACCAGGAACACAAAGGAUGGUACUCAUUUAUGUUAAACAUGAUGUAUGGCUAUUUACUAACGUUUGGCUUCAUUAUGAUGACACCUCAGCUUUUUAUCAAUUACAAAUUAAAGUCUGUUGCCCAUCUACCAUGGAGAAUGAUGACAUAUAAGUUCCUCAAUACCUUCAUAGAUGAUAUUUUUGCUUUCGUCAUUAAAAUGCCAACAAUGUACCGAUUGGGUUGCUUUAGAGAUGAUAUUGUGUUCUUUAUCUUCUUAUAUCAGCGGUGGAUUUACAAAGUUGACCACAAGCGUGUUAAUGAGUUUGGAUUCUCUGGUGAAAUGGAAGAACAACAAAAGCUGGCUAAAAGUGGUACUCCAGCCAUUACAGAAACAGAACAACCCGGUGACAAAAAGAAUGAUUAA